CAUAACAGCCUACAGUCGCGAAAAAUGUCCACAUCGAUUGCGAAAUAUCGACAAAAUUAAUAGUGUGUAGGGCGCUUUCGCAACCAACAUCCAUUCCAUCUCUAUUCCCCAACGGAAGGUGUUCACGUCAGCAAAGGGACAGACAACGGCCAAACCCCUUUUCCGACCGAAGCUAGGGACAUAGGGCGCUCCUCAUCGGAGGUGGCCCUAUUGUACGCGUUUUCUGAACUGUACUGCAAAAUGACGAUUCACCGAGCAGCAUGGAUGUUGCUAUGCCACCGGAGUCAGCUGCACCAGGUACCAAUUGGGAAACUUUCGCUUGGAUGCCCAAGGUCGCACGCGUGGGCAGAUGUGUUGCUGGCUGGGCAAGCGUUGCGCUGCAAUAAACGAUAUAACCAAAGAAGUUUCUCCUCGUCACGCAUCGUCAACCAGUCGAAGGAGGAACAAGAUAAGCUGAAAGAAAAGGUGCAAGCGCCAGCGAGCGCAAGCCCACCGAUUGAGCAGGAAUCGCGGCUAGAGAUAGACACGAAGCACGGAAAAUUGCUGGUGAAAACAACACUGGCGGACUCGAAGCUGCAGGAGAUUAUAAUCGAGAAACCAAAAUCAGAAACAGCGACGCCGGUUACCGCGAAGAGGGAAGAUUUGCCGAAACCAUCGCUCCUCGCCGAAGAGGAUGCUCGCGCCAAAGCGGAAGCCGAUCUAAAGGAGCAGCUAGCCGAAAAAAAUCGUCAGUUGGCGAAGAAACGCAUCCGGGUGGAUUUUUCGCGCUCUUCGCUGGAGCGCAACUUUAUCACUCCGGUACGGGCCAUGUCCGACUUCCUGCUAAAGCCGUCCGAUUUGGAAGCGUUGGCUAAAACGAAACGUCGCUCACCGUACGAACAGGAGCCACCGAUAACGGUCUACUGGCGGAAGGAUGUGGAGGCGAAGGCGAUCGAGGUGUGGGGCUCGCGGGAAAAUCUUCUGAAGGAAUGUUUGAAGCGAGAAAUCGAGAAAAAGAUGCACCAACAAAACAUAUUUACCGUAAAGCGAAGAUUGCGGGACUAUCGGCGAGAAAUUGGCAGCCGCACAAAUGUGGUCGAUUCCGAACCGGGACUGUUUGGGAAAUCGGGCAAGGUGGUACUGACCGCGAUUGCAAUCAAUGCGACCAACUGUCUGUUCAAGUUCGGAGCCUGGUUGUAUACGGGUUCGCACAGUAUGUUUGCGGAAACGAUACACUCGCUUGCGGAUACGAUCAACCAGCUUAUCCUGGCGUACGGCAUCCACAAGUCAACCCAAAUCGCCGAUUCCGACCAUCCGUACGGGUACAGCAACAUGAAGUACGUGUCAUCGCUAAUAUCCGGUGUCGGUAUUUUCUGUGUCGGUACUGGUCUGUCGUUUUACCACGGUAUCAUGGGUCUGGUCGAUCCCCAUCCGAUCGAUGACUUCUUCUGGGCAUUCUUCAUUCUGGGUGGUUCGCUAGUGUCGGAAGGCGCCACCCUGCUGGUAGCGAUCAACAGCUGUCGGAGUGGUGCGAAAGCCCUAGGCAUGAGCUUUAGAGAUUACGUGGCCCGCGGACAGGAUCCGUGCGUCAAUGUAGUACUUACAGAGGAUGCCGCCGCGGUAUUAAGUGUAGCUCUGGCAGCCACCUGCAUGGGUCUAUCCACCUACACCGGUUCCCCAAUUCCAGACGCGGUCGGUUCGCUGCUAGUAGGUUGCAUGCUCGGUGGUGUCGCCUCCUUCAUUAUCUACACGAACGUGGCAGCACUAGUCGGACGUUCGAUUCGUCAAGAGAAUCUCGACAAAAUUAAUGCCGAACUGGAGAGUGACAUUAUGAUCCGGGCAAUCCAUGACGUCAAGGGUAUAGAUAUGGGGAACUCAUUGGUUAGAUAUAAGGCUGAAAUGGAUUUCGAUGGCCGUGAACUGACACGCGUAUAUCUGGAUAAGCAGGAUUUAAACCUGUUGCUGGAGGAGGUGCGCACGUUCCAAACGAUCGACGAGCUGGAAGCGUUCCUGUUGAAGCAUGGCGAAAACAUUGUCGAUCUGAUGGGCGGUGAAAUUGAUAGGAUCGAAAUGAAACUACGUAAAAAAUUCCCCGAAAUAAGACACUGUGAUUUGGAGAUACUGUAAGGCCCUUAACGUAAUUUGCUUCCUGGUUUAUUUUACAUGUUACGUCAUAUUAUGAACACAUUUUGCGGCAUAGCACUAUAAAACUGAAGCAAAGGAAUAUCAGGAACUGUCCAUGCCUGUUGGCUGUUUCAGCUAAAGUACAAGUGGUAUAAAGUUUAAAACAAAACGCAUGCAAAUACAAGUAAAGUUCUCCCGUUCAUCCGUUCUCGAUGUUCGGCCGUUCACUGUUAGACAAUAUUGUGCUACUAAUAGAACCAAUAAAUGCAAAGCAAAACAAUACACAAAACUCAAACUAACGCUUGUUUACCGUAAUGCAAACGUAGCGGUGAUUAUUCUGCUGCAAAUUGACGAUAGACAGGAACAUUUUCGAUAGCACUAGAACUUGAAGCAGGUGCUGUUUAAUUGUGUAAAAGCCGAGCUUACCACAAAUUGUGCAGUAGU